AUGGAAGAUGUUACAAGGUCUGCCCAAAAAGCGAUCGAUUAUGAUAAAGCAGGUCGCUAUGACGCAGCCAUUUACUUUUACGGGGAUGCUGCACAGACACUGCUAGAUUUGAUCCAGACUGGGAAAGCUCCUGUGGAGUAUAAGAAGACUGCAGAGGGAUAUAUUUCUCGAGCGGAAAUAAUCAAGGCUCGGCGUACAUCAAGACUGUCUUCGACUGUCAAAAGCAAACAUCAGCAGAAUCUUGAAAGAGCCGAGUUCCUUCUAUAUCAAGCUUUAGAUGCUGAUAAGGCAGAGGACCCAGAAGAGGCCGUUCAACUUUAUAUGCAAGCUGUUGACCUGUGUUUGCUUUCUCAGUCACAAUGUGAGACAGACAUUCGAAGAAAACUCCGAGACGUUGCAAAAAAGGCUUUAGAUAGGGCCGAAAUCUUAAAAUCUCAACGGAAGUCGUCGAGGAAAGAAAAAGAUACGCUUAGUCUUCCUGACGUGCCUACUGAUGGUGAGUUGUAA